AUGGACGCGCACGCCCUCCUAACUGCCCAAGGGUGGCGGGGCAAAGGACACACGCUGCACCCGACGAGCGAUAGCACGGGAUUGACGCACCACUUGCUGAUGAAGCGCAACGACGACGGUAGUGGUCUCGGGAGCAAGAAAGGCGACCACAAGGCCGAGGCAUGGUGGCUGAAUGCCUUCGACCAGGCUCUUAAGGGCAUCGACACCAAGACCGGCACCAUGAAGCAGACCCUUAAAGGCGGCGCGCUCGAAAAGAUUACCUCUCGCGGUGCAGCUAGCAAGUACACAGGCACGCGGGGUCUAUACUCUUCGUUCGUGCGCGGAGGAGUUAUAGAAGGGACUGUGGGCCAGAACCUGGUGACGGGGCUUCCGACGCCCCCAGAUAGCGGUGUUGGCACGCCAGAGGCUUGUGCUAGUGUAGAUGGAAAAGAGACGAAAGAAGAGAGGAGAGCUAGAAGAGAAGCUAAAAGGAUACGGAAAACUGAGAAGCAGGCGAGGAAAGAGGCAAAGGAACGAGCUACGAGGAAAGUCGAGAAGAAAAAGGCGAAGAAGGCGGAGGGGGAACGGAUAAAGGCCGGCGAGACGAAGGAAGAGCGUCGCGCGAGGAGAGAGGCGAGGAGGAAGCGAAAAGAGGAGAAAAGGCGGCUUAAAGUAGCGUCUGGAGGAUGA